AUGUUGCCCAACAAUAGUUCAUCCUCUUGCCUUCUGUCACCGUUUCCCUCCCUCCACUCUUCCUUUCGUCGCUCCCUCUACACGUCCUCAUGAUCAGAUCUGGGACACUGCAGGGCAAGAGAGGUUCCAGUCUCUGGGCGUGGCGUUCUACCGCGGGGCAGACUGCUGUGUGCUGGUGUUUGACGUAACUGCCCCCAACACCUUCAAGACUCUAGACAGCUGGAGAGACGAGUUCCUCAUCCAGGCCAGCCCCAGAGACCCUGAGAACUUCCCCUUUGUGGUGCUAGGCAACAAGAUCGACCUGGAGAACAGACAGGUAGGUGAAAGAGAUUAUUAUAGGUGUUAAAACAUCUAAUGUAAGUUACUGGACCUAAUGCUACUUGGUUAUUAAAGAUGCUAAUGUAUCACCUCUAGUACUACAGUCACUGGCCCUAAUGCUACUGUUGCUAAUGUCAUCUCCAGUGGAGUUUCAAUACAUAUGAUUAAUAAUUUCUUAGUUACAGGUUAUUAUCUAAUGUAUGUGUUUCGAAGUCAUAAAAAAUAGAUGCCCCUUUUUCAAUCAUUGAAUUGGAAUUUCAGUUUUCUUACUGAAUUGACUGCCCUCAAUCGGAAUUGAGCCCAACCCUGCUGGUCUCCUCAUUGAUCUCAUCUGAUGUUUGUGAAUGUCUUUCCAUCCACACCCAGGUGACGACCAAGCGGGCUCAGGCAUGGUGUCAGAGUAAGAACAACAUCCCCUACUUUGAGACCAGUGCCAAGGAGGCAAUCAACGUAGAGCAGGCCUUCCAGACCAUUGCACGCAACGCCCUCAAACAGGUGGGUGGGCCACGGUUGUCAUGGCAGCCCAGGGGAGGGAAUGGGUGUUUUGGGUUUUUGGUUUUGUUGACCUUUUUUGGGGGGAGUAGUACUUAAGUACUCCUCCCAAAAAGUAGAAGAGCAAAACUUAGAUUCCGGUUUUGCCAUCUUCUCAUCCUCAUUCCAUCUCUUUUCUUCUUAUCAGGAGACUGAGGUGGAGCUGUAUAAUGAAUUCCCGGAGCCCAUCAAGCUAGACAGGAAUGACAGAGCAAAGACUUCAGCAGAGGCCUGCAGCUGCUGA